AUGAUCCCAAUCCAGCUCAACCGCUACACCGAAGCCCACAAGCCCGAGAACCUCCGGGGGCCAGGCGAUGGACGUCCCACUGCUCUCCAGAUUGUCCAGGACGAAGGACUCGUUGGCAAGCUUGCCGGCAGAGUCGCUCUUGUCACCGGCGUGUCAUCAGGCCUCGGCGCCGAGACACUCAAAGCGCUGGCCGCCACGGGCGCAACCGUCUUUGGCACGGCUCGAGACCUCGACAAGGCGCGGGCGACACUGGGCGAUCUUGCCAACGCGGCAAACGUCCGGCUGCUGAAGAUGGAUCUCGCGAGCCUUGCCAGUGUGCGCGAGGCAGCCGCCGAAUUCCGCGCGCAGAGCGACACGCUGAACUUGCUGGUUUGCAACGCAGGCAUUCUCCAGUUCGACGAGAAGGCCCGGACGGCGGAGGGGUUCGAGAUGCACCUCGGGGUGAACCACUUUGCGCAUUUUCUGUUGUUCGACCUUCUCAAGGACACCAUUAUCAAGUCGUCAACCCCCGGUGUCAACUCUAGAGUAGUGACUGUCACAUCCUCAGGACACAGGAUCCAAGGGAUCCAGUGGGACAACAUGGCCCUGGAAGGGGAAUACGACGCAUACAAGGCAUACGGACAGUCCAAGACGGCAAAUCUGCUCAUGGCGGUUGGCGUCGAUAGGCGGUUCGAGGGCGUCCACGGUUACAGCGUACACCCCGGGACGGCCCUUACCGGGCUGCAGGUCGAGGUGCAGGAGCAGAUGGAGGCAAUGAAGCAGAACGACGACAUCUAUCGAACUUUCAAGAACGCGGAACAGUGCGCUGCCACAACUGUGUUGGCGGCCCUGUCUAGGGAUCUCGAGGGCAAGGGGCCGCUGUACCUGGAGGACUGCGAGGUCAAAGGGGAGACCAAGGAGAACUUGGGAUGGGGUGGAGAGGGAUAUGCGCGCUGGGCUUGGGACAAGGAGGAAGACGAUAGACUGUGGGAGCUGAGCAGUAAGCUGGUCGCAUUGAAGUAG